GAGUAACUUCCAACCUGCACGGUCUCAAACAGAGUACGGAGAAGAGCAACGGUCGUUCGUCGAGAUCGGCCUCGUUGCAGAAGCACCACACUAGAACCGGACAGAAAAAACAACUCAAAACCUGUCAGACCAUCGGAGAAGUGAACUCGAAUGAACCCGAGAGAAAACGGAGCCUUUGUUUUCAGAAGCAGCAGGGAGGCGAACCGGAGGAAAGAUGAUGAGUUUUCUGCCAUACUUCUCCGCCGAGACCUGGACCCUCUUGGCCCUCCUCAUCACCCUCAUUGUAGUGUACGGGUACUGGCCCUAUGGUGUAUUCACUAAGAUGGGUAUCCCUGGUCCCAAACCCCUACCUUACUUUGGCACAAUGAUGGAGUAUAGAAAGGGCAUCACUAACUUUGACACAGAGUGCUUUCAGAAGUACGGGAGAAUCUGGGGGAUCUAUGAUGGGAGGCAGCCUGUUCUGUGUGUCAUGGAUAAAAGCAUUAUCAAGACCGUCCUGAUUAAAGAGUGUUACAACAUCUUCAUCAACCGCAGGGACUUCCAUCUGAAUGGUGAGAUGUUUGAUGCAUUGUCCGUUGCCGAGGACGAUACAUGGAGACGAAUCCGCAGUGUCCUCUCACCUUCCUUUACCUCUGGACGACUGAAAGAGAUGUUUGGUAUCAUGAAGCAGCACUCUGCUAACCUGCUGAACGGAAUGAAGAAGCAGGCAGAUAAAGACCAGACCAUCGAAGUGAAGGAGUUCUUUGGGCCCUACAGUAUGGACGUGGUCACCAGCACAGCCUUCAGUGUGGACAUUGACUCUCUGAACAACCCUUCAGACCCCUUCGUCUCCAACGUCAAGAAAAUGACCAAGUUUGACCUUUUAAACCCACUGUUCCUCCUUGUCUGUUUGUUUCCAUUCACUGGUCCUAUCUUGGAGAAGAUGAAGUUUUCUAUCUUCCCGACUGCGGUGACAGACUUCUUUUACGCCUCUCUGAUUAAGAUCAAAUCUGGACGUGACACUGGGAACUUAACUAGUCGGGUGGAUUUCUUACAGCUGAUGAUCGACUCUCAGAAAGGCAACGACACAAAGACAGGAGGGGAACAGACUAAAGGACUGACUGAUCAUGAGAUCUUGUCUCAGGCCAUGAUCUUCAUCUUCGCUGGCUACGAGACCAGCAGCAGUACUAUGAGUUUCCUGGCCUAUAACCUGGCAACCAACCCCCAUGUCAUGACCAAACUGCAGGAGGAGAUAGAUACUGUGUUCCCCAACAAGGCUCCAAUCCAGUACGAAGCUCUGAUGCAGAUGGACUAUUUGGACUGUGUGUUGAACGAGUCUCUGAGACUGUACCCCAUCUCCCCGCGACUGGAGAGGGUCGCCAAGAAGACGGUGGAGAUUAACGGCAUCGUCAUCCCCAAAGACUGCGUUGUCCUGGUUCCCACGUGGACCCUCCACCGUGACCCAGAGAUCUGGUCCGACCCUGAGGAGUUCAAACCAGAGAGGUUCAGUAAGGAGAACAAGGAGCCUAUUGAUCCGUACACGUAUAUGCCGUUUGGGGUGGGGCCCAGGAACUGUAUCGGGAUGCGCUUCGCCCUGAUCAUGAUCAAACUGGCCAUGGUCGAGAUCCUCCAGAGCUUCACUUUCUCCGUCUGUGAUGAGACCGAGAUCCCAUUGGAGCUGGACAACCAGAUUCUGCUGAUUCCAAAACGACCAAUCAAAUUGAGGCUGGAGCCCCGUAGCAACACCUCUAGCAACACCACCACCACUCUGAACAGUCCAACAACAUGAACCAAAUGCAGGAGUACCCUACCCUAGAGUACCCUACCCUAGAGUACCCUACCCUAGAGUACCCUACCCUAGAGUACCCUACCCUAGAGUACCCUACCCUAGAGUACCCUACCCUGGAGUACUAUCGAUCGAUCACACCAUCUACCUAUAACUCUUUCUACUAGACCCUACCGUAGAACACAAACAGCACCCUACCCUACCCUAAAGUACCCUACCCUAGAACACAAACAGCAUCCUACCCUACCCUAAAGUACCCUACCCUAGAACACAAACAGCACCCUACCCUACCCUACCCUAAAGUACCCUACCCUAGAACACAAACAGCACCCUACCCUACCCUAAAGUACCCUACCCUAGAACACAAACAGCACCCUACCCUACCCUAAAGUAAAGCUCAUGAAACAUUUUUGUUCAACAGCAUCUAUCUAUCUAUCUAUCUAUCUAUCUAUCUAUCUAUCUAUCUAUCUAUCUAUCUAUCUAUCUAUCUAUCUAUCUAUCUAUCUAUCUAUCUAUCUAUCUAUCUAUCUAUCUAUCUAUCUAUCUAUCUAUCUAUCUAUCUAUUGGCAGCUGAAUAUUCAGUCCUUACCCUUUACCCUGCUAUAGGCUACUGAAUAUUCAAGUCCUGACCCUGCUAUAGGCUACUGAAUAAUCAGUCCUUACACUAACCCUGCUAUAGGCUACUGAAUAUUCAGUCCUGACCCUGCGAUAGGCUACUGAAUAUUCAGUCCUUAUCCUAUUAUAGGCUACUGACUUUUCAGUCCUGACCCUGCUAUAGGCUACUGAAUAUUGAGUCCUGACACUGCUACAGGCCACUGAAUAUUCAGUCCUAACCCUGUUAUAGGCCACUGAAUAUUCAGUCCUAAGCCUGCUAUAGACUACUGAAUAUUCAGUCCUGACCCCGCUAUAGGCUACUGAAUAUUCGGUCCUAACCCUGCUAUAGGCUACUGAAUAUUCAGUCCUAACCCUAUUAUAGGCUACUGAAUAUUCAGUCCUAACCCUGCUAUAGACUACUGAAUAUUCAGUCCUGACUCUGCAGCUGAUUAUAGUUACUACUUAAUAUAAUAUGAUAAUAAGACUGCAUUCACAAUGACUGUAUGAUUAGUCAGUUCAAUCAGUUCAAUCAGGAAUGACCUUUAAAAUGGCACAUAGCUGACAAAGCGCUGGGAUUGAAUCCUGGUCUCAGUCUCAUGCUUGGUUUGAGUAGGACUCAGAAACUAAUUUCCACCAGAUAAAAGAGAGAUAGUAAUACUAUGGCUGCAUUGGAGGUACAUGUCUUGUUAAAGUUAGACACCAGGGGGUAUUAAAUCCAUGGCAUGAUGUCAUGUCUGGAACCUGGACACUGGUGGCUGGAGGCUGGAAUUCUCCUAGAAUGUAGAACUCUAGCUGGUGUUCUCUAGAACUGUACUCUCAUUCUGUUCCUCUGGGUGUUCUGCUGUCCAGUCAUUCCAAAAUAGAAUCUUUACUGUCUGUUGAGAUGAUCCCUGCAGCUGCUUGGUUUUAACUUUAAUCAUCACAAACCAAUAAAAUCAUCACGCUAAUGAA